CGCAGCGCGCCCAAGAUGGCGGCGCGGUCGUCGUCGGGGGUGGCGGCGGCAGAGGGGGCGGCGGCCGUGGCGGGAGCGGCGACGGCAGCCGUGACGGCGGCGGCGGCGCGGGGCCUGGGCCGGGGAGAAUGAGGCGGCCGCGGCGGGCCAGCGGCGGAGCCGUGUAGCGGAGAAGCGGCUCCCCCUCCCAGCUUCCCUUGGUCGAGCCGGGGGCGCGCGCGCGUGGCCGUCCGGAGCGGGCUCCCCCCUCCACCCUCGACUCCCGCGACCCGCACCGCACCCCCACUCGGGCCCGGAGGAUGAUGAAGCUCAAGUCGAACCAGACCCGCACCUAUGACGGCGACGGCUACAAGAAGCGGGCCGCGUGCCUGUGUUUCCGCAGUGAGAGUGAGGAGGAGGUGCUACUUGUGAGCAGUAGUCGCCAUCCAGACCGAUGGAUUGUCCCUGGAGGAGGCAUGGAGCCCGAGGAGGAGCCAGGUGUGGCAGCAGUCCGUGAAGUCUGUGAGGAGGCUGGAGUAAAAGGGACAUUGGGAAGAUUAGUUGGAAUUUUUGAGAACCAGGAAAGGAAGCACAGAACGUAUGUCUAUGUGCUCAUUGUCACGGAAGUGCUGGAAGACUGGGAAGAUUCAGUUAACAUCGGAAGGAAGAGGGAAUGGUUUAAAAUAGAAGAUGCCAUAAAAGUGUUGCAGUAUCACAAACCGGUGCAGGCGUCGUAUUUUGAAACGUUGAGGCAAGGCUACUCAGCCAACAACGGCACCCCGGUCGUGGCCACCACGUACUCAGUGUCUGCUCAGAGCUCGAUGCCAGGCAUUAGAUGACUGAAGACUUCCUGUAAGAGAAAUGGAAAUUGGAAACUAGACUGAAGUGCAGAUCUUCCCUCUCACCCUUGCUCUUUUCACCUCUCCUCACAGGCCUCCUCUUUCAAAUAAGGCAUGAUGGGCAGCAGAGAAAGGGUUUAUUGAUAACGUUGCUGUUUGGUGUUAAGUGAUUGGGCUUUUUCUUCUCUUUUUAUUGAGGGGGUGGGGGUUGGGUAUGUAAUUUGUAAGUACUUUUGUGCAUGAUCUGUCUCCCUUUCCACACCCCUUCAAUCCUCUGAAGAGGCAAACAGCCUUCCUUCUGCCUUGGAUUCUGAAGUGUUCCUGUUUGCCUCAUUCCAAUCCUGGCCAGAUAUUUUUCUUUGAUUUUUAAUUUUUUUUUUUUUUAAUUAAAAGAUACCAAUAUGAGAUGAAACCUUUCAAGAAUUUGUCCUAUAAUGUGCUCUUAAGUCUGGUAGGUUGGUCACUUUCACUGCAGGAUACAUUUAUCUACACAUUAUAUACUGGGCAUAUAAUAUGUAAAUAAAUGGCUUGUAGGAGGGGAAUUUAACUGUUUACUUCUUAAAGGUUUUGUUUUUUACAUUUGGGGUGUUUCUGGAGAGCCUCACAAUUAAUUCACCUUUUUUGUUUUUGAUGCUAGUGGCUAGGUGAGUUUCCCCGUCCUCUGUUUUUCCCCCGGCCUUGGCCGUAGUUAUGUGGGUGCAGGGAGAGCUUCGCUACCUUCAUGUAGGUGCUCCCAGGACUCAUGGCCUUCUCUUCCCGACGCUGUUUCCACGCCAAGAAAGAAACAGGAAGAAACCCAUUUUCUUUUUUAUUCCGAAGCCUCAGCUCAGAUCUGGAGAAACAAUGAUAGAAAUUGUAUUCCUCCCUACGUGUUGACCAUAGGGAUUUGAACUGGAUUCUUGGAAUUACUAUCUAAAAAACUGGAGCAUCGAGCACUGUUUCUAUCCUGCUGGUUUGGAAUUUUUUCCAUAAUGCUACUUACCGCUGACAGCGGCCUCUCUCCUUGUACAUACAUGCCUUACAUCGUGCUGAACUGGAUGUUGUCCUUGUGCUCCGAAGCAUCCGGCUGUACCUGGUGAGUGCAGCUGUACAGUCCCGUCCGCAUUCUGAGUAACCGUGUUAAGUUCCUAAGGAGUACACAGGAGGAGAAUUCAGGUCUUUGCUUGCCUUUGUCAGGUAUACAACACUUGUAAUUGCACCAUGGAGCAUGCUCAGAAAUAGUAAAUUUGUCUCCCCCCUGGGAUGUGAAAGGUCCGUCCUCCACUGAGAAGUGGUAUGGGAGGAGGCUUAAUCCCUUUCCAGAACAGCUACAUAGUGCAUUGGCUCACUGCAAACUGUCUUGUUGGUUUUUGCUACAGGUUUGAUGCUGGUUUCAUUUGCCAGUUGUGUUGUUUAGUUGAAAAAUAUGCAGAAAAGGGUCUUGGGGUGGGGCGGGUGCGGGAGGGGGGCACUGAUCGGUCCCUGGCUGGGGACAGGAGUUUGUUGCUAUACUCUUAGUGGCACCUCCUUUGUCAGAACAUAGCCAAGAUGUGAAAUUAAAAUCGUAGUUCUCUUUAUUUAAAAAUUCUAAUAAAUACUCAGACUUUGAAAAGCUUUUUUGCUCUUCCCUCCCACUAAAAUGUAUGUAUGUGGUAGGCCUGUGUCAUUUAACGUUCAGCAUUUUGGGGGACAUCAGUUGAUGAACUUUUUAAUUUUUGCUCUCUGCUCUCAGUUUGCAUCUUCUUUCCUAGUCUUGAAACACGGAGCCAGAAACAGGGCCAGCAGUUUCCUUAGGACACCGCUCUACCUCUGGGAAUGAAAUUUUGCUCCCAAGGAAGGGUCCCAGUGGAUAGAUAGCACCAUGGGAUUUGAGUCUAAAUGCCAGCUCACUGUUCCCAUGUCCUACUUUAAAACGAACACACUGCUGCUUAUUACCUGAUGUAGGGCAUUCUGAGGUUCUGGCCAAAUAAAGAGGAAAAUAAAAUAAAUUCAACUGAGCACUAAAUGCAAUCCCCAAAAACACAUUCUUCCAAACAAAUUCUUCCUUUGUGAUAUGAAUUGAAAGUGCUUUGCAGGAAAACAGUCAGUGGUCCUGAAAUAGGAAUUGCAGUGUUAAUAAUAGUUUGUGCAUUUUUUUUAAUGAUCUGAAGAUGUUUUCACUGGGCUGGUGUAACAGUAUACCACCCUACAGAAUCCAGUUUGGAUUGUUGUUGGCGUCUUUGGGUCAGGAAAGUGAACUGUGCCAAGUAUUUUUUAGUGACGUGAAUGGAUCCCAUUAAUGCAGUUACUGGAGAGAUUGUGCUGAUGCUUUCCUAACUGACAAAAGGAGGCUUUGUCCAACACUAGAAUUGUUGAAACUGGUGCUGUUUUCUGUUGCACUGGGAUCCUGAGGAGCAGGGGUUGGUGUUUUCCCUCCCUGGCACCAUAAACACCAUGGCUAUCUUUACCGGCGUAGCAGGCACCACUUUCCGGGGUAGAUUGCUUAGACCCGUGAUUGCAGCAACCUUUCUGUCUCCCCUGGAGAAAGUGAGGAGAGACAAAAGAAAGCACAAAGUUUACCCUACUUGCAGAAUAUUCCAGUGACACUGAUUUGCCAUUAAUCCUGUAAGUACUCAUUUUAUUUGGGCUUGACAGAAGCAGGUUCCUGUGUUCAGGGCAGAUAUAAAGUCUUUCCCACAGUGAAUUUGCAUGUCGUAGAUUCUUGGUUGUUACCGGAGUGUCCUUCAAAGUGCACCAUACUCAGGAUAGAGAAAGAGAGCUGUGGAUUUCUUUUUUAAUUAAAAUUUGUUUUUAGUUUAUAAAUUACAGCCCUUUGGGAAACACUAGUGAGAUCAUGCCUUUCUUUUUUUGUUGUUGUUGGACCAGGACUGUGGCGGGAGGUGGGGGGUGGGUAAGGGCUCCAAGGGUUUAGAUCUUUAGGUAGGCUCUCAGAACAGUGCAGUCCGUGACACAGGAGUCUUGAUUUUUCUCAUAGCAGACAUAACCGGAUGGAAAAGUUAAUGAAUGGAUUGUUUUGUGCCCUGCUCGGAGAGUUCCCUCACUGAGUCUGAGCCGAGGCCAUCUGGAGGGAUCAAAGAGGGUGGGGGUAUCACCCCCUGGGAGGCCGAGGAAGGCCUGGACAGUGGCCUGGCGGCAGGACCUCUGCCCUCUGCACUGCAUUGCGAGUCCUGUGCAAAGUGAGGCACUUGAGGCCUUGCUACUACCCGUGGCCUCCGGGGAGCAGAGCGGGUCACCGCCCUCAGAGAGUGCUUAAAGUUUUGCACACGCGUUGCCACAUAGUCAGCUUCCUUCAUGGCAGAGAACUGUUCUCUCUUUUGGUAUUAGGAGUUGGCCCAUGUAAAAGUCUCUUAGACUUGCUUAGAAGAAAAAAGGUCACGUUUUGUUUUCAGAAUUCUAGAAGGAAAAAGUUCCCAAUGGAACUUUGCUUGCUCCUUCGCCCUCCCCUUUCUCCUCCUCCCAUACCCUGUGCAGGGGUUUAUUCUAAACCUCUUGCACCAGCAAGUCAUCAGUCUUCUGUUGCACCUGAGUGUGCUUUUCACACAUUGAACUUAAUGUAUUUGUCAUUUCCGUCUCAGUGCUGUGCGUUAAUACCUUUGUUGCCUCCCUACUUUGAUCUUUUUUUUAAAAGAGCUUAGCCUGAGCCACUUUUUUUUUUUUAGUUUAAAAGAAGAUUUGAUAACCACAAUGUGAUUUUUGCCACGACUUUAUGAUUUUUAGAUUUCUGAAUUAUUCUCUAAGCCCGACCUAGUUGAGUUGAGAGUAGAUUUAGAAUUAGAAGAAAUACCUGGUGAAAUCUCCAUAGUAGGAUGAAUUUUUGCUUUAAGAGAAAUGAGAGUUAGCUAUGACUGAUAAUACAGCUUCAUCCUGGUCCCAUCCGCAUUUCACAAAAAAAUAGGAGACAUGCAAGACAGUCAACCCAAGCAGCCCUGGGGAGAGAUUAUUUAAUGAUGAUUAGAUAAUGCAAAUGCCUCUUCUAGUUCUCAUUCUUGAAGAUUCCAAGUCAGACCUGAGGCCUUGUGGUUCAUAGUGUCCAGCAGGGUGGCGGUCAUUUUUUCUGAGCCCGGCUAGGAUGGAGCCUAUCUCCCUAAGGCUGUGCAGCUGGCAGCGUGGCCUUAGCCUUGGUCAUCAGGGCACCCACCUCAACUGGAAUGUGGGAGAAAGCACCCCAGAGUCAGCCUCGGUGCUCUGGAGUGAGCCUGGUGAGGGAGACCCCACCUUCCAGGAGAGCUGUGUUUUCCAUGUCACCUUGUUUGUUACCUAAAGCAGUGAGACAUUUGCUUUCUUCAGGUAACCAUGAAGUGCUAUCCACUGAUUGCAGUUCGUUAGAAGAUACUGCAUCAGGUUGACUGAGGUCACCAGGGGUCCUGGGAACCUGGAGAGCUUAGGCAGACUCUUCUUUGGAGGCCAGAAGCCUCUGAAAGGACUCUGGCCUCUGAAAAGGCAGCUUCACAUUUUGACAAUAUUUUUGCUUUAGCUGAUAACCUUUCAGGGAUAUGAGAAGCCUAAUCAGGACAUCUGAAAAAAUGAUACCUCUCACCUUCAGGUUAAUCAAUUCUCUUAGUGCCCUUAAAAAUUAGAGAGAGGAGAGUAUCCCAUUUGGUGUUGCUUUGAACAGAUCCCUUGAGCAGAGGCUGGCCGUCACAUGAUCUGGUUUUCUCUGUCCCUGCAGUAUGAAGCUUUCCAGAUGAAAAGGCAUCUCUCUCCCCUAAAGCUUUGUUUAUAGUGAUGGUUUGGUGAGCUUGAGAUUGUCUUAGAAAAUGAGCCCAUCCAUUUGGCUAGGGGAGUGCAAAGGGAAGCCACUUUAAUUCAGAAGUCAGCACACCAGGGGGGACUCUGCUGGAGAAGGAAGUGCUUUUGGCUGGAAAAGCAAGAUUAAUAUCUAGAAGGUGGCGAGUCAUUGCUUCUGUUCCGCCAGCAAUGAGUUGUUUAAUUAAAUACUCUAGGUUUCCUUUGCUUUACAUUCCCAAUUCUAACCCCAAACAGUGGCCACUGGAACACCAAAAAAGGCAUUUAAACCCCUGAAGAUGGGCUUUAAAAGAUACAGAAACAGCAGCAUUGUCAUUUUCCAGGUUCAUCACCAUUUUGCUCUGCUACCCAUCCUUUCCCCACUGCAGCCAGGCCAGAUGUGAAGUUUCUGUUAAUCAUUGAAUUGGGAAACAUAAAUUUGGGUUCUGGAACAAUUACCAACUAAAUUGCUUACCAUCUGUGGGGUGCACCUUUCAGAGAAUAUUUUAGCGAUACAGUGAAAUCGCUCUUCUGAGUUUGAGGUCCCAAUCGGGCAUUAAGAUCAAAAUCUUAAAAGUCUUUGGAACUCCUUAGGAGAAAAGCAAGCUGCCUCAAUCUCAAUACUGGACCUUGAGAUUGUACUCCCCUCUUCGUAGUGUGGGGUGGGGUGCCUCACCUUAAGGAAAUCAUUUUUCCAGUUAAGAUUGACCAUAAAUCCCUACGAGAAGUAAGCCUAUCUUUCUGAACACUUUUGUGCUAGAUUGAAAAUAUUAACCUAAAGCUGCAAUAGAAGAUCAGGUAUCCUCUUUCACCUCAUUACUGUCCCACUGAAACAAACAAACAAACAAACAGCAUUUCAGGGUUAAACCUUGGUCUGUUGUGUAUCUGUUCGUUGUGGAGAAAAUAUAUCACUAAUAAAUGAUCCAAAGAAAACACCUAGUUUGGUUCCUCGUUUCCGGCUACAUAACAGAUAGGACUUUUUCCAGAGAAGAUAGAGGCUGAUUAUCAGGACCUCAGAACCGGAGUGGACAGACCUGCCCCACAUUGAGCCUCCAUGGGGGCAGGUGGACGUUAGGUCCUAGAGAGCUUCCACACGCUGGGGGAGGGGAGGGCCGUGAGGACAGGAAGGAUUUGGAGGGGAGCGGCGAGCAUCUAAGCCACGGGGCGCAGACACAACCCUGCCUUCUGCCUCCUCCCAUAUGAUGAGGGUACUUUUUGCUCAGAAUCCAAGGCAGCUCUCUCCUCCAAAAUCCAGUUUGCUUCAGAUGUUUUGUUUAACCUCUGAAGACCUCGCUCUUUCACUCACCCUGCAUGGGCCUAGACAUGCUGCACAAGCAGGACACAGAUGCAUGAGGAAGUCCGGGGCCCUGCAGGAGCAUAGUGUUGCGUUUCGUAGUUAGAAAAAUAGUUGGUCUGCUCUCUUGUGAAAGAGGAAGAGUGUGUGGUGCAGUUUUAUAAAUGUCGGGUCUUUUUAUUUCGUGGUCUGAAAGCAUUCAAACUGGCUGAUGAUUGAAGAAAAACCUGGUGAUUAGAAUACGUAAAAUUCCAGUUAGUGCCUCUGAAGAAAGAUAGCUGCCAGUCUGCCAUGUGUUUAAUGCAAUCGGGAGCAUUUGAGGACGUUGGGAGCUGUUGUAAAGGUAGAUAGAGCAGGUGUCUCCACCUGCCCAAGUGUGUCAGCGUCAAGAGAGAGGAAAUGGAAGCCCACUAGUGGCAACUUGUGUAAGGAGCCCAGUCUGUUUCAAGGACCUCUCUCCCAUCCUAUCCAGUGGCCUUGGUCGGGGUGGGCUCUGAGGAAACAGCGAGGCCCCAGCUCUGUCUGCUGAGCUGCAGUGUGUGGUCUCCAAACAGCAUAAGGCUCAUCUGAGGGCUUUGCUCGCUGUGAUCACCUCCACUCCACUCAUCGCUCAUCAGCAUCCGAAAGGCCUGGGACCAGUCUGGUUCUAAAACGCAUGAACUAGAUGUUCCUCCUCCCCUGUUUGAAGUGUGUUGUCCAGAUGCAGUCUCCCUUUGGCCAAGGUCAACAGGUAUUUCCAGGGAACCCUUUGGAUGGAGGCAAAGGAGCCAAGAUGAAUUGAGUUUACCUUGUUCUGAAGGACAGACGUCUUUGCACCUUCCCCCUCAUGCUCAUACAUUUUUAGCUCGGGCUUAAGUGACCAAGUCUCCAGAACUGAGACCGAGAGCCGGGGGCUCGCACACCUGGGACCAGUCCCCUGGGGACCUCACAGACUCAGACUAGACUGUUGUGAUCCCACCAGAGCUCUGCUGCUGUCCGCUUCCAUCAGGACCACUCCGAAAAGCUAACAGCUCGGCCUUUCCACCAUCACGUCAUUCCUUGGUGGCUGUUCUGCAGAAUGAGGUGCUGUCACCAGUUUAGACAAGGCACUUUAUAUUUGUAGAAAGGGUAGAAAAUGGAACAGCCAGUGGGCUGAAUACGCAUAUCCUUGGAGAGCGAGCAUGGCAGAAACAACUCCGAAUGAGCUCAACAAAACUGGCGACUCCAGGGAAUGGCAUUUUUGUGGGAAGAGGGGUUGGUGGUGGUCCUUUAACCUCCUAGGCCCUGGUACUGUGUCAUGCAGCCAGGGUUUGGAAUAAUGCCACCCCUCCUGCAGUCCAGAGCCCCUCCAGGACUAGGGUCUUGCAGCCCAUGGGUGCGUGGUCUUGUUUUCCAUUCUUCAAUUUCCGAAACUACCCUGCUUGGUAUUGUAUGGGAAAUACACUGUCCUGCCUGCCCACUCAAAGCCUUCUGCGCAGGCCUGGCUUCUCCCCGUCAUCUCCAAAGCGCUCGUAAGGAAGGCCUGCCCGGGGCUCUUAGGUGCUGAUGGGGGCAGAGUUGGUUCAGAGGAGGUAGAAGGAAAGUGUUCCCGUGUCCCUGUCCCGAGGAGAAUAUUCUUGUGUGCUUAGGCUCCCUUCAUACCUCUUCCCGUGGCACAGGCAGGCUGUGGAGGAGGAGGGCUGGAAAGAAGGUCCAGGUUUGGGUCCGAGACGUGCACAACAGAUGCGCGUCCCAUUUCCCCCUUCCGUAACACGCCAGCGAUAUGUAACCAUUCUCCUCACCAACCCCCCCCCCCCCCCCCCCCGCCCCGAUGCCAGCAGUAGAGGACAGAGCCCUCGCCUGUAGACCAUGUGGAGCUUUGGUACUCCGCCUGCAAUUCCACCACCUCAUACCCCACCUUUUUGUAAAAACAAAUGCUUUCACCCGUGAGUGUGCUCGUCCUCUCUGUGUGCGUCGGCGUCUCUCCAGUGGAGCUGUGUGGGAGGGAGGGCAUUGCAUUGUAGGCUGUAAUUUUGUGCCAACCAAUAAAAACCAGUAUUGCACACAUA